AUGCCAGCAACCGAUGAUCUACGGCUGCUGCACAAGCAGGAGCGUGCCAUGCGGAUUUCCUUGGACAACAUUAAGGAGUUUGUCCAAUCGAUUAACGAUGGAGCUGAUAGACGUUCUUUGGACAUGCGCAUAGCCAGGCUGGAUGAUAUCUGGCAACAAUUCAUCGAUAUUCGGAUGCGCAUUGAGCUGAUCACUGAUGGCGUCGAUGAUGAGAUUUCCACGGACGAAACGGAAGAAACGGAGGAAGCAAGAUUGCAACGGCAAGUCAGGGUCCAGAGACAACGAGAUCGUGAGAACUCGAAGAUAAUUAAAGAUUUCGAGAAUGAAGUGUACCGCUUGAAGGAAUCUAUGUUCGGGUUUCUUCAAUCUACAUCAAGUAGUGCACUGCAAGUUCAACAGCAUCAAUCUGUAGCUGUACCACAGUCCAAGGUGAAGCUCCCAGAGCUGAAACUGCCCACCUUCAACGGAAGAAUCUCGGAUUGGGUCACUUUUCGAGACACGUACAAGAACCUGAUCCACAAUGAUACUGGCUUGUCUAAUAUGGAUAAGUUCACUUAUCUGCGAACGUCUCUCAUCGGUGAUGCGCUUCAGGAGAUCGCAUCGAUCGAGAUUUCCUCUGCCAACUACCCCAUUGCGUGGACCGCCUUGGAAAAUGCCUUUGAGAAUAAGAAGUUGUUGGUGAUGACCCACUUGGACUCGUUGUUCGCCCUAGAGCGACUCCGGCAGGAGAAUUACGAGUCGUUGAGUAAACUCGUAAAUGGGUUUGAGAAAAACCUGCAAAUGCUGUCCAAGAUUGGUGAAAACCCGGAGGGUUGGAGCACGUUGCUGCAACGGCCCCAGUACAAGCUACCACACUGCUCCAUUUGA